AUGAAGCUGUUCUGCAUUCUGUUGCUUCUUCACACGGUAGAGGGGGACAUACAGUCCGGGAGUUGUAAAGACAUAUUGCAGGGUUACUUAGCAGGACAAGUGUCGCAUCAGGUAGAAGCUUUAAAACAAGGAUUCAAAAGCUUCACUACUGAAAUCGUAAAAGCUGUGAAAAAAUUGGAGGGGCAGGUGAACACAGAUACAAGAUAUAGAAGCAGUGUUUACACAAGAUGGGGAAAGAAAAUGUGUCCUCCCAAUGCAGAAUUGGUUUAUUCUGGAUUUGUUGGAGGGUCACAAGGUGGUGAUAGAGGAGCGGCUGUAGAUACUCUUUGUUUACCCAGGGAUCCAGAGUGGGACAUCUAUACGGAUGGAAUUGAUGGGGAUAGGGCUUAUGUAUACGGGGCGGAGUACCAAACAUAUACCUUCACGGGUUAUCUUUCUUCGUACCAUAAUCAUGAUGUACCCUGUGCUGUUUGUCUUGUUCGAAGUAGAUCCGUAGUGAAAGUAUUUCCAGCAAGAAACACCUGUUAUAGAGGCUGGACAUUAGAGUACCAAGGAUAUCUAAUGGCGGGUUUUUAUAAUCAGCAUGCUGGGACAACAUAUACAUGUGUAGACAAGCAACCAGAUGUUUUAGAUGGCGGCCAGACAAGUAGAAAUGGCCACCUGUUUUAUCCUGUAGAGGCUCGUUGUGGCGCCCUGAAAUGUCCACCAUAUGUAGAAGGAAGGGAAUUAGUGUGUGCUGUCUGUUCCAUAUGA